CAGCACUGGUGAUAAACUUGACAACGUUGCCUACGUGUUUUGAGGUUAGGUGGUAGUCCAUGUGUUUAUUUUAAAAUGAAGGCAAAAGUGAGGACUUUAGAGGAGAUUGUAGGCAAAACAAAGCCCGUAAAACAGGAAAAAACUGAAGAAAAACGCACUGAAGCCAAUGAAGUAAAAAAAUUAACAACUGAUUUUGUGGUAAAAGGUAAACCCAAGUCGGGUAGAGUAUGGAAAACUGAAAGAAAACGGUUUUCCUCCAUAAUUAAAACAAAAGGUAUAAGAAACUCUUUUGAAAAGAAACAGCAACUUCGUGAGAAACUGAAGCAGGUUAAAGAGGCAUCAAAGGCGCUUAAAGCAGAAAAAGAGGCUGAAAAAGAGUUAAAAAAGCAGAGGAGAAGGGACAAUUUAAAAAGACAGGAAGAAAAUAGGCUGAAGACUGAAGUUGUUCAAGUUAUCACAAAUACCAAGAAAUUGAAGAAACUAAGGAAAAAACAGUUGAGGUUUAUAGAGAAGAGGGAUACCACUACUGUAGGUUAAUUUUUGUUUAUUAUUAGGUGUUGAUUUGUAUUGAUUAGGUAUUUUUUAAUGAAAUAAAACUGCAUUUUAACUUGA